GAGAAUGCAUAGAAGGGCUGCGGGAAAACGACUACCUUCUGAUUCAUUCAUGCCGUCAGUGGACCACCAUCACUGCCCAUAGCUUGGAGGAGGGGCACUACGUCAUUGGGCCAAAGAUAGAGAUUCCGGUACAUUACGCAGGCCAAUUCAAGCUGCUGGAACAAGACCGAGAUAUAAAGGAGCCAGUGCAGUAUUUCAACAGCGUGGAGGAAGUGGCUAAAGCAUUUCCUGAGCGCGUGUACGUCAUGGAGGAAAUAACAUUCAACGUGAAGGUUGCUUCGGGCGAGUGCAACGAGGACACGGAAGUUUACAACAUCACCCUGUGCACAGGCGACGAGCUCACCCUCAUGGGGCAGGCCGAGAUCCUUUACGCGAAGACGUUUAAGGAGAAGUCAAGGCUCAACACGAUCUUCAAGAAGAUCGGGAAGCUCAAUUCCAUCAGCAGGCUGGGGAAAGGCAAGAUGCCGUGCCUCAUCUGCAUGAAUCACCGCACCAACGAGAGCAUCAGCCUUCCCUUCCAGUGCAAGGGCCGGUUCAGCACCCGGAGCCCCCUGGAGCUGCAGAUGCAGGAGGGAGAGCACACCAUCCGCAACAUUGUCGAGAAAACCAGGCUUCCCGUGAACGUGACGGUGCCCAGCCCGCCGCCCAGGAACCCCUACGACCUGCACUUCAUCCGCGAGGGGCACCGCUACAAGUUCGUCAACAUCCAGACCAAGACGGUGGUGGUGUGCUGUGUGCUGCGCAGCAACAAGGUCCUCCCCAUGCACUUCCCCUUGCACUUGACCGUCCCCAAGUUUAGCCUCCCGGAGCACCUGGUGAAGGGGGACAUGUGGCCGGAGGCCCUGGUCCAUCACUGGCUGGGCAUCUGCCAGGAGCAGUUCGACAUCGAUGAGUAUUCGCGGGCCGUCCGCGACGUGAAGACCGACUGGAGUGAGGACUGCAAGAGCCCCAAGAAGGGCCGGUGCUCGGGCCACAACCACGUGCCCAGUGCCCUCAGCUAUGCCCGCGACGAGCUCACCCAGUCUUUCCACCGGCUCUCCGUCUGCGUGUAUGGCAACAACCUCCAUGGCAACAGCGAGGUGAACCUGCACGGCUGCAGGAACCUGGGGGGAGAGUGGGCCCCCUUUCCUCACGACAUCCUGCCCUGCCAGGACUCGGGGGACAGCGGGAGCGACUACCUUUUCCCAGAGUCCAGCGAAGAGUCGACGGGGCUCCCAGGAAAGUCGGAGCUUCCUUACGAAGAGCUGUGGCUGGAGGGAAGCAGCCCCGGCCACCGGCCUCUGGCGCGCUCCCUGAGCGAGAGGAGCAGGUGCGACCAGGCCAGAGGUUCUGCCCGGUCCAAGUGUGCGCCGUCGCCUCUUCCCGUUCCUGGGGCCCUGGGAGCAGCGAUGAAGUCCUCAGAGAUUGCCCUACCUCCACCUCCAGUGCCUCCCAAGUCUGAAGCCGUCAGGGAAGAGUGCCGGCUCCUGAACGCCCCGCCCGUGCCGCCCCGGAGCGCAAAGCCUUUGUCCACCAGCCCCUCCGUCCCUCCUCGCUCAGCCAAGCCGGCGAGGCAGCAGACCCGCUCUCCCAGCCCCACCUUGUCCUACUACUCUUCAGGGCUGCACGACAUCGUUACUAAAAGCGACACCAGCCCUUCUGAAAGUGCUCCUGUUUCCUGCUAUCCAUGCAACCGCGUGAAAACCGAUUCUGUGGACCUGAAGUCCCCGUCUGGGAGCCUGUCCGCUGAAGGGCUCGCCUCCCGGCUCUCGUGGCCUAACCAUUACUCGGGAGCCUCGGAGAGCCAGACCAGGAGCGACUUCCUGCUGGACCCAAGCCGGAGUUACAGUUAUCCCAGACAGAAGACGCCAGGCACACCAAAGAGAAACUGCCCAGCACCUUUUGACUUCGAAGGCUGUGAACCCUUGGCCAGUCCCACCAGCUCGGCCCCUGCAGAAUUCAGUAGCAGCGUCUCCGGUUGUCCCAAGUCAGCCAGCUACUCUCUGGAGAGCACAGACGAGAAAACGCUUGCAGCUAGCUCGACAAAGCAGAGUGUUUCGUGCCCUGCCUUACCCCCCAGGGCCCCCAAACCAGUGGAAGACAAAGCCUCCUCCGGAACUUCUCCUUUGCCUCUGAAAAUCGAUGGUGCUGAGGAAGACCCCAAGUCGGGGUCACCGGACCUCUCUGAGGACCAGUAUUUUGUUAAAAAGGGCAUGCAGGACAUCUUCUCGGUCUCUUACCCUUUCUCAUCUCCGCUCCACCUCCAGCUGGCCCCCAGGUCCUGCGGCGAUGGCUCCCCAUGGCAGCCACCCGCAGACCUGUCGGGACUCUCGAUAGAAGAAGUGUCCAAGUCGUUACGGUUUAUCGGUUUGUCUGAAGAUGUCAUAUCAUUCUUUGUGACCGAAAAGAUUGACGGGAAUUUGCUUGUUCAACUAACAGAAGAAAUCCUCUCAGAGGAUUUCAAGUUAAGCAAACUGCAGGUGAAGAAAAUCAUGCAAUUCAUUAAUGGCUGGAGGCCCAAAAUAUAGCCAAAUAACCCCAGCUAGCAUUGAACAAAACUGAUCAGCGUGUGUGCUAGAAGGGGUGGGCCGGGACACAGUUUCAUGUUUUUUUGCACUAAAAACCUUCUCUGUAAAUGGGGAUAAGAGAGACUCUUACUAUACAGAUCACUUUUUUGAAUGGUGAGCAGGCUGUUUUGUACAUCAAUAAAAUGCUGUACAGACACUCAGAGGUGUGCCUUGUACGUCACUCAACACUCAGCAGCUGCUAAAAGACAAGAGGCAUGUUCAGAGAAGUCAUUCUCACCCAAGUAGGUUUAUGCGAGAAGGUAUGAUAUUUAUUACAAAAUAGCCAAAGCUGAAAGACAUAAAAAUAUUUA